GUCUGGUCAACAACUCAGCUGUUGAAGGGAGAACAGAGGAAAAUAGAAAAACGCACGACAACGGUCCCUUUAAGGGAGCUACUGCGAGUUAACUGGGUAUUCAAUUUCUAAUUUGACAUAUAUGAGGGAAUUCGCGCAGUAUUCAUUGUAUAAAAAAUAAAUACUUGUGGGGAAAUAUAACAAAAAACAGGACGUAAGCGUAAGGAGGGGAGCGAGAAGAAAAUGGAGUUGGAGGAUGGAGUUGUAUACCAGGACGACCCGGGGACGUCUGCGAUGAUGUCGGAGCGGGUGUCCGGCCUGGCCAGCUCCAUCUACCGUGAGUUCGAGAGGCUGAUCGGGAAGUACGACGAGGACGUGGUGAAGGAGCUGAUGCCGCUCGUCGUGGCCGUGCUGGAGAAUCUGGACUCCGUGUUCGCGGAGAACCAGGAGCACGAAGUCGAGCUAGAGUUGUUAAAGGAGGACAACGAGCAGCUCAUAACCCAGUACGAGAGGGAGAAGGCGCUGAGGAAGCACGCAGAGGAGAAGUUCAUAGAGUUUGAAGACUCUCAGGAGCAGGAGAAGAAGGAGCUGCAGGGCCAUAUGGAGACGCUACAGUCACAUGCACGGCAGCUGGAGCUCCGCACCAAGAACUAUGCUGACCAGAUUGGCAGGUUGGAGGAACGAGAGGCGGAGCUCAAGAAGGAGUUCAACUCACUUCAUCAGAGACACACAGAGAUGAUUCACACCUACAUGGAGCUCUUGGAGCGCACUAAACUACAGCAGCUGACCGGAGGAGAUGCAUCUGAGACAGGGACUCUGGGAAGAGUGCGGAAGGAGAGGCCUCUGUCCUUGGGGAUUUUCCCACUGUCAACAGGGGGUGCUGUUCUCACUCCUGAACCCCAAAGGAAGGCGGAGACUUCGGGGACAGACACUUGGAAGUGCAACGACCUCAGCCAACCACGCGCUGGCACUUGCCUCAAGCAGCCAGAGGCUGAGGACGCGCUUAAGAGGGAAGACAGUAAGAGCUCACGGGACACCUGGGAGAACUCCCUGGCAGAUGAGAGCAAGGAUGAACUCUCUGACGCCAGCCAGGGUGGUUCCAAGCUGGCCACGCCCAUGUCCACCUCGGACACCCCCCAAAAAGAGGAGACUAAGGGGCUGAACAUAAACCUGAACAUCAGCAGUAAGAACAUUGAGGUCCAGGUCGCUCCUGGUACCAGGUCAGUGUCAGUAGGUUUAGCAGAAAAUGAAAAGUCGGAGGUGCAGGACAUCAUUGAGUCCACUCCAGAGCUUGACAUGGAUAUGAAAGGUUACAAAGGAACGAGUUCUCCAACUAAAGGCAUUGAAAACAUGGCAUUUGACCGGAACACAGAGUCUCUCUUUGAGGAGCUGUCCUCCGCUGGAACAGACCUCAUAGGGGUCGUUGAUGAGGGGGCGGAUCUUCUGGGUAUGGGCCGCGAGGUGGAGAAUCUGAUCCAGGAGAACACACAGCUGCUGGAGACCAAGAAUGCCCUGAACGUGGUGAAGAAUGACCUGAUUGCCCGCAUAGACGAGCUGGUGUGCGAGAGGGAGGUGCUGCAGGGUGAGUUGGACUCCGUGAAGCAGGCCAAGGCCCGGGUGGAGGAGAAGAACCGCGAGCUGGAGGAGGAGCUAAAGAAGGUGCGUGCAGAAGUGGAGGAGGUGAAACAGAAGUCUAAAGAGGAUGAAGAUGGUGACGUGCCCACAGCCCAGAGGAAGCGCUUCACAAGGGUGGAGAUGGCCCGGGUUCUGAUGGAGCGGAACCAGUACAAAGAGAGGCUGAUGGAACUGCAGGAAGCUGUUCGCUGGACUGAGAUGAUCCGAGCUUCGAGGGAGUCCAGCCUGACAGAGAAGAAGAAAUCCAGCAUCUGGCAAUUCUUCAGCAGGCUUUUCAGCUCCUCCUCCAGCAACGCUGUCAAGAAACCAGAGCCCUUUAACGUUAAGCUGGGUGCUUCCACCUCCUACUCUGGCUCCUCGGGGAUGAAAAGAAGCAAAACACUGUCCGAGCUCCCUGGCGAUAAGUCCAAUGUGUUCGACUUCCUUGAGGAAGACCCAAGCACGCCGGCGUCUCGCCGGGACCAGAAGAGGGCCCAGCACCGGCAGGUGAAGCCACAGGUGCAGAAGCAGGAUGGCCGGGUGCAGGCCCACGGCUGGAGCGUGCCACAGAAACACAAAAUGGCCAAUGGCAGCCAGGCAGAGACGAGGAUGAAAAGCCUGCCUGUCCCCGUGUACCUGAGGCCCCUGGAGGAGAAAGACUCAACGAUGAAGGUGUGUUGCGCUGCAGGGGUUGACCUCUCUGGUGGGGGGGCUCGCGAUGGAGCGGGUGUCUCCGGUAGCGACAUCGGCGGAAAGGAUGGCCAGGGGCAGAGGAGAGACUCACGUGGCAGUCUGGACCAGGAGCAGGAUCCCAAGGAGUGGGACACAGAGCUGUCUGAGGGGCUGUCCAGCCUGGUGUGGAUCUGCUCCAGCUCCCACAGUGAUGCCAAGGUGACAGUGUUGGAUGCCAAGCAGCCCACCCAUGUGCUGGAGAGCUUCCCCUUCUGCAGCCCCCACAUCCUGUGUGUCUGCAGUGUCCCAGGUGCCCAGGAGACAGACUACCCCAUCGGGGAGGAGGUGCCUCCUCAGAUCCACGAUGACAGCACUGCUGUGACGGGCAGCGAUGGCAUGCUGGGUAACAUCAUGGCUGUGGGCUGCACUGCGGAGGGGGCAGAGGGGCUGAUAGCCGUCCCUCAGAUAGGCAUUGCGGCCACUAGCACCCUCCUCUCUGAGCCCAGCCCGCAUGCAGGUACAGGAGGGCCGUCACAGGAGCCCCGCCUCUCAGAAGAGGAAGUCCCUGCUGCAGAGGAGGCAACCGAGGCCACAGAGGCCAACGCCGGGUUGGGAGAGGAGGGGGAAGGACUGGAUGGUGGCCGGCCGAUUGUCUUUACAGAGCAUGUGUUCACUGAUCCACUAGGGGCUCAGAGCACAACAGAUGCCCUACCUGGCCAGCACCCUCAAAGGGGGUCAGAGCUGCCUGGGAGCGGGGAGGCGUCCAUUGCCGGGGACGGGGCGUCUCAGAGGAUGAGCAGCGCACUUCCCACCAUGUGGCUUGGGACCCAGAACGGAUGUCUGUAUGUCCAUUCGUCUGUUUCCCAGUGGAGGAAGUGCCUCCAUUCCAUAAAACUGAAGGAGUCGGUCCUGUGCAUUGUCCAUGUGAAGGGGCGUGUCCUAGUGGCACUGGCUGACGGGACUCUGGCCAUCUUUCACAGAGGCGGGGAUGGCCAGUGGGAUCUGACCAACUACCACCUGCUGGACCUGGGUCGCCCCCACCACUCCGUCCGCUGUAUGACUGUGGUCCAUGACCGGGUGUGGUGCGGGUACAGGAACAAGAUCUAUGUGGUCCGGCCCAAAACCAUGAGGAUAGAGAAGUCCUUCGAUGCCCAUCCCCGGAAGGAGAGUCAGGUGCGCCUGCUGGCCUGGGCAGGGGAAGGGAUCUGGGUGUCCAUCCGGCUGGACUCCACACUCCGCCUCUUCCACGCCCGCACCUACCAGCACCUGCAGGAUGUGGACAUCGAGCCCUAUGUCAGCAAAAUGCUGGGCACGGGGAAGCUGGGGUUCUCCUUUGUGCGGAUCACGUCUCUGAUGGUGUCCUGCAGUCGCCUCUGGAUAGGAACAGGAAAUGGCGUCAUCAUUUCCAUCCCUCUGACAGACACACACAGAGUUGGCACGGCGACACCAAGCCGGCCUGGAGGGGCAAUGCGUGUGUAUGGAGACAAGGGUGAGGACGAGGCAGCGGGGGGCACCUACGUACCCUACUGCUCCAUGGCACAUGCUCAGCUCUGCUUCCAUGGGCACAGGGACGCCGUCAAGUUCUUCACCGCCGUCCCAGGUCAGGUUAUCCCCCCGGUGGGACCUGGAGGGGAAGCUGCCCCUGACGGUCCCAGCUCUGCAGUCUCUGACCCCAUGGUGCAGGAGCAGGUGAAGUCUGUCCUGGUGAUGAGCGGUGGGGAGGGGUACGUCGACUUCAGGACCGGGGACGAGGGGGGCGAGGUGGAGGAGCAGAACGAGUCUGCAGCGAGGCCGGCGUCUGGCCCGUCCAACAGCGAGCGCAGCCACUUGAUCGUCUGGCAGGUCAUGUGAUACAGGUGAAGAGGAGGAGGAGGAGGAGGAGGAGGAUGACCAGCGAGGAAGAGGAGGAAGAAGCACAUCUCCCACAGAGAGGAGGCUUUAAGGCUCUGAUCAAACUCCUGCAUGUUUCUGUUUUUUUAUACACAAAUUAUUAAUGUUCUUGUUAUUAUUUUAUUACUAUUAUUGAUGAAAUUGAUUUCCAUCAUGAUGUUAUGUAAUUUUUUUGGCAGCCUUUGAUGGACUUACUAAUUAGUGUGGGGGUGGGGGCGAGGUCAGUAACUUUUAAACAGGAAGGGAAGAACAUGCUGCUCCUCCCUCCCUCUGCCUCUGAAGCAGAUUGAUGAGGAAAUGCAGCCCUGUCCACAAACCAGGACCAAUCAGACCAGGACUGAGCCGCACUACACGCCCCCCUGCCUAAGCACUGGGGCAGCACUGUCAGUCACUGGGGUUAUCUCAUAUUUAAGACUGUGGUAAAAAGGGAAUCGGAAAAGGGUUUCUAGAACAGGAUGCCCUGCAUGUCCUUUUCAGACCUCUUUAAGUCAGGUCUGGAUUUAUCUUAAAUUUAAGACCGUUAAAAAAAGGAGUCAGAAAGCACGUCCCUUUGUCACAUCAGUGAUCUGCACUGUCAGUGUGUGCAUCCUUGGCGGCUGCAUUUUGCAUUUUAAAAUCCCCUUGUUAUUGAAGUGUCUAAAGAGGGUUUGUUUGUGGCCAUUGCAUUGGCGCAGAGAAUGUAUGUACAGUUUUGGUGCCCUCUAGAGGUUGAAGCAGUCAAGCCUGAAACUGCUCUCAAACCAAAGUUUGGCCACAACAGUUCAGUCCCAGUCAGAGUGGUGACUUUGGGGCAGGUCCAUGGGUUGGUCUCCGAGUGCUACAUGGAUCUCCGAACAGCAACAGGAAUCAAACCAAUCAGGUAGAUGAUGCAGUAGGUUGAGAGUCCUAUGGCAACAGUGGGGGUGUUGGGUAAGAGACACUAUUGGCUUUCAUGAAGUGUGAGGGGUUUUUCCCCUGGUAUGAGAGACAGGUUAGGUACAGGUGAAGCCCUUUUAUAAUCCCUGAUCCUGUACAGUCCUUCUGUCUACACCCUCCUUUCUAUAACAGCCAGAGCAAAUAGACACUGCAUCCUUUAAGUAGACCGCCUUAGCAUUAGAAUACACACACCACUACUACUAAAAUAUGUUAACGGUUCCACCUUGAACAAAGUAAUGUGUAUUUAUCUUGAUGUCUGAGGAAAUGUCUCUAGUGUGCACUCUAGUGUGUCUCUAGUAGAACCUCACAAGUCCUCUUUAACAUGUCGUCUUCUGACGAAUCAUUAAAGCAGACCCCUUCCUCAUUAUGACCAGGGAAGGGACAUAUACCGAUAUGACAGGGAAACAAAAAUGUACCGAAACUCACACCUCCGACGUUGGCUCUGUGUCUUGUCAUGGAUGCACUCUUCAGCUUUUAUGGCCGUUUUUUAAAUGUGUCUUUUGUACUUACGUCUGUUAGACAUUUUAAUCAGUGUUUUACCGGUCUGUGUAACAUGAAGGCAGAUUAGACUGCUGUUAAAUGUGUUGUCAGUAACCUGGGGUUGUGGGGGAUCAUGUUUUUUGUUUUUAAAACCAAUUUGAGCGAAGAGAAAAAAAUCUCAUAUCACAGUGUAGCCAUUCCGGUAUUUAUUUUUUACGAACAAAUCUUUUGUCAUUCAGGAAUUAAAUUUGUACAUGAAUUGUAUAUUAGACAUAUAUUACUUGUUAAAAAAAACAACAAGGACAACAACAAU